AUGGGUAACGCUUGCUCUGAGGGAUGCUAUCAGAUGUUGGGUGGCGGCAGCGCCCAAGUGACGGAGCUGCGAGCUUGCAAGAAGGAGUUGAAGGAAUUGAUUGAAACUCGCAAUUGCCAUCCCAUUCUGGUUCGCUUGGCUUGGCACGACUCUGGCACCUAUGACCAGCGCAUCAAGGAGUGGCCUCAAUGCGGUGGUGCCAAUGGAGCCAUCCGUUUUGACCCUGAGAUGAACAUGGGCGCCAACGCAGGUCUUGACAAAGCCCGAGGCUACCUCCAAAAGAUCCAUGAGGCUUUGGGCUUUUGGUGGUACCUUCCAUGGUGA